UUUUUCCUUUAUCACGAAUAGAUCGUACAUAUCUAAUAUAAAUAAAAGAAUAAAAAAUAAAAUAUUUUAAAAUAGAGGCGGCAAGAUCGCACCGACCGUGUGAUCGGCUUGGAAGGGCGCACAUUCUGUCGCGCGAAGGUACAAUCUGAACCACCUCUCGGCACCGCUUCAACGUAACCAUGGGUCUUCGGACACAGCGCGCGCGCGAGAGAGAGAGAGAGAGUAUAACCGUAGGUCCAUUUCCCUCACUUCCCUACCUAGAAUAACACACCCGUUUCACCCCAAUCACAUCCAGAGCCAGUACAAAGUGAAAGCGAAAGAGACAUUCCAAACCCUACAACAAAAUGCCGUAGUUUCCUCUCCUAUCUUCUCUCCUCUCCUCUCCUCACUCUCUUUUCUCAUCUGGACGAGCAAAAGAGAAUGGAGGAGAAGCAGCUCCAGUCGGCACAUUUACUCCCACCUCCCCUCAUUUUACUACUACUCUUGGAGCUCUCUUUAGUGAGCGCCUCUUCGUCGUCGUUGGACGGGGACCUGAGCGCCCUGCUGGCCUUCCGCGCUUUGUCGGACCCAGCGCAGAAGCUGGCGAGCUGGAACUGGUCGGACCCGGCCCCGUGCAAGACGUGGCUAGGCGUCUGCUGCGCCCAGGGCCGCGUCACCCGCCUCAUCCUCGAGGACCUCUCCCUCUCCGGCCCCGACGGCCUACCAGCCCUCACCCGCCUCGACCAGCUCCGCGUCCUCAGCCUCAAAACCAACCUUCUCUCCGGCCCAAUCCCCGACUUCUCCCCACUCGCCGCCCUCAAACUCCUCUUCCUCUCCCACAACAACCUCUCCGGUCCCAUUCCACCCUCCUUUUCCUCUCUCCCCCGCCUCUACCGCCUCGAUCUCUCUUAUAACAACCUCUCCGGCUCCGUGCCGGCCACGCUGAAUCGGCUCUCACGUCUCCUCACCCUCCGCCUUGACUCCAACCGCCUUUCCGGUCCCAUCUUCGGCCUCGCCCUCCCCAACCUCCUGGACUUCAAUGUGUCCUCUAAUAUGCUUUAUGGCGCUAUCCCUCCUUCUCUGGCCGCCUUCCCCACCGCCGCAUUUGCGGGGAAUCAGGCCCUCUGCGGCGCCCCACUCGCCAGCUGCCGCGACGCCGUCAGCGAACCAAGCCGCCCCGCCGCCAACGCCACCACGGCCGCUCCCGUCUCCCCCGCCGCGGCCGCUCCAGUCCCCCCUGCCGCCGCUGUCGUCGCCUCCUCCCCGUCAUCCAAACCCGUGGCAGCGCCCCCCGGCCGGCCGACCCCCGGAAGCAUGAGCCGGGUCGCCGUGGUGGUCAUCGUGGUCGGGGAUUUCGCCGUGCUCGUCAUCGUCUCCGGCCUUUUGUUUUCCUACUUCUGGCGGAAAUUCGCCAGCAAGAACCCGUCUCGGCUCCAGGAGGGGGAGAAGAUCGUCUACUCCUCCAGUCCCUACGCCUCCCAGGGAGGCGUCGCCCCCGGCGGCUGGGGAGGGGGGUUCGAGCGAGGAAGGAUUGUGUUCUUAGAGGACGCGCAGAAGUUCGAUCUGGAGGACCUGCUCCGGGCCUCCGCCGAGAUACUGGGAAAGGGCAGUUAUGGGACCGCCUACAGGGCCGUUCUCGGCGACGGCAGCGUCGUCGCCGUCAAGCGCCUCCGCGAUGUCCAGGUCGCCGGGAAGCGCGAGUUCGAGCACCACAUGGAGACCCUCGGCCGGCUGCGCCACCGCAACCUCCUCCCCCUCAAAGCCUACUACUACGCUCGCGACGAGAAGCUCCUGGUCUACGACUACAUGCCCAAUGGCAACCUCCAUUCCCUCCUCCACGGGAAUCGAGGGCCGGGGCGGUCGCCGUUGGACUGGACGAGGAGAAUGAGGAUCGCGGCGGGGGCGGCGAGGGGGCUAGCGUUCAUCCACCAGGCGAGCAAGGCGUCGAAGCUGGCCCACGGGAACGUCAAAUCCUCCAACAUCCUCAUCGACAAGACAGGCAACGCCCGGCUCGCCGACUUCGGGCUGGCCCUGCUGGGCCCCGCGGCGGCUGCGCGGUACAGCGGGUACCGCGCCCCGGAGGCGCCGGCAUACGGGCGCCGACCGUGGUCGUCGCAACGGGCGGACGUGUACGCCUUCGGCUUGGUGCUGCUGGAGCUCCUCACCGGGAAGCCGGCGUCCGGCGGCGGCGGAGUAGUAAACCUGCCGCGGUGGGUGCAGUCGGUGGUGAGAGAGGAGUGGACGGCGGAGGUGUUCGACCUGGAGCUGAUGCGGUACAAGGGGAUCGAAGAGGAGAUGGUGGGGAUGCUCCAGAUCGCGUUGCGGUGCACUGCGACGGCGUCCGAUCAACGGCCCAGGAUCGACCACGUGGUCAAGAUGAUCGAGGAGAUCCGCGGGGAGGUGUCGCCCUCGCUCGAGUCCUUCGACUCGGUGACCGACUCUCCCUCCACGUCUGAGGACGCCAGCGCAACCACCGUCGGCGUCGGUAGCCAGUAGGGAGCCGUUAAAAACUAUGUUUCUUUGUGAGCCGUUGGAUGUGAGAUGGAGGGUGUAAAGGGUGGGAACUUUUGCUUUUUGGUUUGCCCUCGGGAGUGUCGUUUGUUAUGGGGGGCGGUGUGGGGUUUCGUUGGUAGUGACUUGUCUCAAAACGUACCAAGCAAUCUGAGGAAUUUGUACAUCUUUGGCAAUUCUUUA